UUCGACUUUCGUUCUUACAGAGCGAAAGAGAGAAAAACAUAUAGCAGCUCGAAUCUUCCAAAAGGAUCACAGAAUGGGGGCUUGUGCUAGCAUUCCUAUUGACCCGAAGCACGCCAAGGCCCCUGAGCCUGCCAAGGAGGAAACCGAGGCUGCCGUUGCUCCAACCGAGCCCGAGCAGGUCAAAACCGAGGAGAAGGCAGUCGCCAGCACCGAUGAGGCUGCAGUGAAAGAAGAGUCGAAGGAGGAAGAGAAAAAGGAAGAGGAGGAAGAGAAAAAGGAGGAGCAAGUCUCAGAAUCAGCUGCCGCAAAGGAGGAGAACGAGAAGGCACCCUCGAAUGCAGAGGAGGCUGAGAAGCCCGCCGCUGUUAAAGAGGAGGAGAAAUCCUCGCAGUAAUUCCAGAACGUGCCGACCGUGACUCGAAUAGAAUGAUACACUUCUGAGAUACAUUUCAUUCUUUUUUCUGUUCUUCAAAGAUUGUCUCUAAUCACAUCCAUUUUCUCUCAAUCCAGAACAGAACCAGUAAGUUUACCCCCUUUUCUUUUUCCUGUCCAACUGCAGUAAUACGCGCACGCCGAUUCGAAUAAGACUAUUCCAGUUUUGUAA